AUGCAGGAAAUAGUAGAUGGAAUAUCAGAUUUAUUUUCUAGUGGUAUUGUUUCAUUUUUAAAAAACAUGGUUAUGCCUCAUUUAAAGGAGUGCAGUAUUUCUGAAAAAAAUGAAAUAGAUUAUUUAUUUGAUACUUUGGCUAAUCCUUUUUUCAAUUUCAAAACUGAAUAUCAGAGAUUUAAAUUUUUUGAGGAUAAUAAUUUGUUUUUUAAACCCAAAACAAUAGUGAUAGGUCACACAAUUGAAAAAAAAAAUAUUUCUGGCAUAGAUCGACAAAUAAUGGUACCAGUUCAAGGACAUUUGCUAUCAAUGAAACAAAAUCUUAGACUAUUGUUUGAAUUUCCUGGGGUUUUCGAAGCAGCCUUUAAAUAUACUGAAGCUUCUACCAACCAAAAUCAAAUACUUUCAUCAUUUCUAAAUGGUACUACUUGGAAGUCUAUCAAACAUAAAUUUAGUAAUAAAAUUGUUUUUCCUAUAUUCUUGUAUUAUGAUGAUGUUGAAAUAGGAAACCCUUUAGGAUCGCACUCUGGUAUACAUAAAAUGGGCUGUGUAUAUUAUACAAUUCCUGCUUUUCCCCCAGAAUAUUUAUCAACAUUAGAUAAUAUAUUUGCUGCAUUCUUAUUUCACUCUUCAGAUCUGGGAAAUUCAAAAUUCAAUAAUAAAACUAUGUUCGCUUCUCUGAUUAAUGAUUUAAUUGAUUUACAAGAAAAUGGAAUUACUAUUACAGUUAAUUCAAAUAUUAUUCAGGUGUAUUUUGUUCUUGGACUAGUCUUGGGUGACAAUUUGGGUCUUAAUUCUAUAUUAGGCUUUGUGUCAAGUUUUUCAGCCAAUUAUUGUUGUAGAAUUUGUCGCUCCCAUAAAACAAGCGCUCAAAAGAUGCUUUUAGAAUGUACAGAAUCACUUAGAAGUGAAGAAAACUAUAUGCUAGAUGUCCUUCAGGAAAAUGUAUCUGAAACAGGUGUAAAUGAACUUUGUGUAUUUAAUGCUAUUCCUAAUUAUCAUGUAAUAAUUAAUAGUGUAUGCGAUUUUAUGCAUGAUGUAACAGAGGGAGUUGCUCGUUAUGAUAUGGCUGUUAUAAUCACACAAUUAAUAAAUGAUAAGUAUUUUACAUUAAUUGUUGGCGAACUAGUUCCUAUAGAAACCCCUGUUUGGCAAUUGUAUAUAGCGUUGCGAAAAAUUGUUGAUAUUUGCUGUGCAAAAACAAUUCAAUCCGAAUGUUCUCAUUUAUUGGAUCAAAUAGUGGCUGAACAUAAUAGACUUUAUUUGUUAUUAUCUGGAAGUAAUCUUAAACCUAAAUUUCACAUGUUAACCCAUUAUGGGAGACUUUUAAUUAAAAAUGGACCAUUAAUAUUGACUUCUUGUAUUAGAUUUGAAGCCAAGCAUAAGAUAUUAAAAGCUUUUGCAAAUUCAAUUCCUUGUAGAAUCAACCUUGGUCACACUCUAGCAAAUAAAAUUCAACUGCAAAUGGCAAGUCGAUAUUUGACUAUGUCUGGUUUAGGGCCAGCUUUAAAAAUGAGCAAAAGUUUUAUAAUUGCUCCAACUGUAGAAUUGUCAUCAAUUUUUUUAAAUAAAAUUCCUACAGAGUUGAAAGUAUAUGUAUCAUGGUUGGAUUAUAAAGGAAUAUUAUACCAACCUGGUAUGGUAUUAGUAUUAGAAGUCAAUUUAGAUAAUUGCAUUUUUGGAGAAAUAGUAAAAAUAUUUAUUGGUGAAUUAAAAAUUCCUUAUUUCAUAUAUAAGCAAAUAAUAACUGUAGGUUUUGAUAGUCAUUAUUAUGCAUAUCAAGUAGAAUUAAAUUCUCAAUUUGAAUUUGGUGGUUGUUACUUAACAGAUUUACCUGAUCCUACACCUACAAUCAUUAGAACUUUAGGAAAUGGAAUUAAUUUUGUUUCAUUAAGAUAUGCAUUAUGA